AUGGAAAGCUUCCAGAGAGGAGAACUGUGUCCCAGCCUCAAUGGAACUGAUCUGUAUCCUGAGACUUCACUGAAGAACUUCUCAAGGGGCAAGGGCAACCAGGCCCAGCAGCCUCCCCCACCCCAGGCAUCCUGCACACCAUCUUCUGUCAUAAGCUGCCCCAUCUGCAACCCUAGGUCGAGCUGGGAUCCAGAUGCCUUGGGUCUUGCCUACUGUGGGGUCAUUCACAGAGACCUGAAAUCCCUGGAGCAGGAUAUGGCCCCAGGCGACACGAUGGCAGGACACAUGGAAAAUCCAAGAGGCCAUGAGAAGUCCAACCAGGAGGGACACAUCUGGGGCUCUAUGAGGAACACAACGCUCAUCCAGGGCUCUGGGCUGCUCCUGCUGUUGGUCUUCUGGAACUCAGUCACAUGGCAUCUUCAAAGAUUUUGGGAUGCUUCCGGCUACUUUUGCCAGACCCAGUGGGAGAAUCUGCUGUCUACGUUUGAAGGCUAUGAGUGGAUCCUGUACCAUAUAGGUGUUAUCCUCGUGCCGGGGCUGUGCUUCUGGGGCUUCAGUGGCCUUCUACUGCUGGUGGACACAACAGAAAAACCCACCUUCAUCUCCCGCUACCGCAUCCAACAUGGCAAGAAUGAGCCGGUAGACCCUGUGAAGUUGCGUCAGGCUCUCCGCACAGUUUUCUUCAACCAGAACUUCAUCUCGAUUCCUAUGCUGGUCAUCUAUUAUCCCUUCUUGAAGUGGAGGAGAGACCCGUGCUCCCGAGAGCUGCCUACCUUCCACUGGUUCCUGGUGGAGAUGGCCUGUUUCACCCUUUUACAGGAAAUCUUGUUCUACUACGUACAUCGGCUCUUUCACCACCCAAUGUUGUACAAGAAAACUCACAAGAAACAUCAUGAAUGGACGGCACCCAUUGGCGUGGUCUCAAUCUAUGCCGACCCUUUAGAACACGUGUUUGCCAACAUGUUGCCAGUUUUGGUGGGUCCUCUAGCAAUGGGCUCUCACUUGUCCUCCAUCACUGUGUGGUUAUCCAUGGUUCUCAUCACCAGCAUAAUCAACCACACUGGCUACCACCUGCCCUUCCUGCCUUCGCCUGAGUUCCAUGAGUACCACCAUCUCAAGUCUAACCAGUGCUAUGGGGUACUGGGGUUGAUGGACCACCUUCAUGGAACUGAUACCUUGUUUAAGCAGACCAAGGCUUAUGAGAGGCAUGUCAUCCUGCUGGGCUUCACCCCACUCUCAGAAAGCAUUCCUGAUUCUCCAAAGAAGACAAGCAGUGCACUUGGACCAUCUGGCCUCUUCCCUCAUCAGUAG